AUGGUGCGUCCUGGUGGUGGACGUGAUGCAAAUAAAGACCCAGCUCCAAACGCAGACGAGGAUGAAGGAGCUGGGCGAGAUGGCAUUGAGACUGCGGAUGCAAACGGCCAAAAUUUGGACCUCUUCGCCUUGGAAUUCGAUGGUUCCACGUCUCCUAGUAACACCACUGGAUCGGCGGACUCCAAUUCGUACUUCUUACAUACAGAAGCCAAACACCUGUCUUCACUCUCCCUUCCACAAUGGACUACACCAUACCCUAGUCGACUCCAUCACCGCCCACAUCACUCAUCACUCACCAUGGCUCUUCAAGAGGUCCCUCCAUUCAUUCAUGACAAUCUCCCUCUCGCACAAGACCUGAUUCACGUUAUCAUCCUCACUCACGCUUCAUCGAUUAUGCCUAACAGUCUUCUAACUCGCACUUCAUGCUCACUACUGCAUCAUCGUCACCACCUUGCAAUCGAUGCUCCGCAGUCUUCGGACUGA